UGCCUCAGCCAAUGAAAUUCCUUCGCCAGGGGAUAAUAGCCACUAUGUUGAGGGUGAAAGCCGAUAUAUUUGGAUGCCCGACGGCGAUGGUAAAAAUCAUCUAGUAGAUUUGCAGGAGCCAGUCGAUUAUGCCUUACUAAAUUCCAGAAACGGAGCCAACAACGCGUAUUGGCUGUAUACACGAUGGAAUCCUACUACUCCACAAGUCAUCAUCCACGGCAACGCUGACUCCUUGUGGAAUUCGAACUACGUAGCCAGUCGACCGUUAAAAGUCAUCGUUCAUGGCUGGAACGGUAGCGGCAACUCUGGCGUGAAUAGUCUCAUUACAUCUGCAUUCCUCGCCGUGCAAGAUGCCAACGUUAUUGUAUUGGACUGGCGCGCGCUUGCUAGCUCAAAUUACAUCACCGCAGUGCUAGGUGUUCCCAGCGUUGGGCAGGCGCUUGGUGACUUUGUAGGUUGGCUCAAAAUUACUGGAGGAGGAGGUUGGACAGACGUACACUUCGUUGGAUUUAGUUUAGGGGCUCAUAUUGUUGGAGUGGCUGGGCGCCAAGCGGGUGGACUACCUGCCAGAGUGACUGGGUUGGAUCCAGCUGGUCCUCUUUGGCAAACUAACUCCAAUGCUAUAAAUUCUAACUCUGGUGUUUAUGUAGAAGGCAUCCACACUGAUGGCUAUAUUCUUGGCAUCUUCAACCCUAUUGGUGACGCCGACUUUUAUCCUAACGGUGGCAGGAGCUUGCAGCCAGGAUGUAGUGAUAGCUCCUGUUCCCAUGGACGAGCGCCCUCCUUUUUUGCGGCUAGUGUUCACUUCAACCAUUUAGUUGGACGGCUCUGCGAUAAUCUGAGCCAGGCCCUAAACAAUCAGUGUACUGGUGCGCAGUUCAACAUGGGGAAUAGUGACGUAAAUAAACGAGGAAGCGGUAUUUACGAUCUGACAACUGGUUCUUCUUGGCCUUACUGAGUCGAUAAUAAACCAAAGAUUUGAUCUGACG